GUGUAUUUCCGGGACCACAUACACUGUUUUCCGAUUUGCAGAGGUGGUCAGUCUCGCAGAUUGCAGGAUCGGUUUGCAUGCAUACUGAUUGGAAUUGACUGCUUAAUCAGUGUUCAUCUAAAAUCUGCUGUUCCUAAUGUAUCACCAACCGGUGCUUAAAAACCGACGGACUCUGCUAGAAAGAGCGGAGAAGUUUGUGUCUGAUGUUUACUUCACCGAUUGCAACCUCCGAGGAAGACUUUACGGAGAAACAUGCCCUGUGGAAUCUCUGUCGUCUUUCCUGACUCCAAAACGUAUGUCGUACUCUGAGGCAUUACUACAGACCUUUCAACCAUGCAAGGUUGGAGACGGCUUUGGGCCUACAUGGUGGACAUGCUGGUUUAAGGUGUCCCUGAACAUUCCUGAGGCCUGGGAAGGGAAGGAGGUUCAUUUUCGAUGGGAGAUCGAUGGAGAGGGAAUGGUCUGGAAGGAUGGGCAGCCUUGUCAGGGGCUAACAAAGGAGGGUGAGAAGACUAGCUUAGUCUUGACCACAAGCCUCAAGAAUGAGGAACCUCACAGUUUCACCCUCUAUGUAGAGAUGGCUUGUAAUGGCCUGUUUGGGGCUGGGAAGGGAUCCAUGAUCGCAGCCCCUGACCCCGACAGGAUGUACACCCUCCAAAGUGCGGAGCUGGUUGUGUUUAACUGUGAUACCAGAGAGCUGCUGACGGACUUUGAGAUGCUCAUCGAUGUUGUAAAGAUGCUCGGGGAGGCCGACCAGCGAGGCUACCAGGCAUUAUUCACAGUAAAUGAAAUGGUGAAUGUCUGUGACCCAGCCGAUCCCUCCUCCUACCCUGCAGCUCGCAGCCUGGCCCUGAGGUUCUUUAGCCAGACGAAUGGGCAAAGUCAGCACACUGUCCACGCCAUGGGCCACUGUCAUAUUGACUCAGCCUGGCUCUGGCCGUACGAGGAGACGAUCCGGAAAUGCGCCCGAAGCUGGGUGACCGUGAUCCGCCUGAUGGAGAAGAAUCCCGACUUUGUUUUCACCUGUUCACAGGCCCAGCAGUUUGAGUGGGUGAAAAACUGGUACCCAGGACUGUUUGCUCAGAUCAAGACCUUUGUGGAGAGCGGCCGGUUUAUCGUAGUUGGAGGAACUUGGGUAGAAAUGGAUGGCAACCUGCCGUCAGGAGAGUCCAUGGUUCGCCAGUUUCUGGAGGGUCAGCGCUUCUUUCAGCAGGAGUUUGGCGUGUACUGCAAAGAGUUCUGGCUUCCGGACACGUUUGGAUAUUCUGCACAGCUCCCUCAGAUGAUGCGGGGCAGUGGAAUCACACGAUUCCUGACUCAGAAGCUCAGUUGGAAUCUGGUCAAUACUUUCCCUCACAACACCUUCUAUUGGGAGGGCCUGGAUGGCUCCCAGGUCCUGACACACUUCCCCCCCGGCAACACCUAUGAAAUGAAAGGCAAAGUGGAGGAUCUUCUCAACACGGUGAGGAAUAACAAGGACAAGGGAAGGGCGAACCACAGCGCGGUGCUCUUUGGCUUCGGCGAUGGGGGCGGGGGCCCCACACAACUAAUGCUGGAUCGACUGCAGAGAGUGCAGGACACUGAUGGGCUGCCUAAGGUCCAGAUGUCUUGCCCCGAUAGGUUCUUCUCUGAGCUUGAGGCGGACUCCAGUCUCCUUUGCACCUGGUCAGGGGAGCUUUUCCUGGAGCUCCACAACGGCACCUACACCACACAGGCGCAGAUCAAGCUGGGGAACCGGCAGUGCGAAGCCCUGCUGCAUGAUGUGGAGGUGGCCAGCAGCCUGGCGCAGUGCAGGAGCCCAACCUUCCGCUACCCUGCCAGCACACUGCGGAGGCUGUGGAGGCUCCUGCUCCUUAAUCAGUUUCAUGAUGUGCUCCCAGGCAGCUGUACGGAGAUGGUAGUGCAAGACGCCCUUGCAUACUACGACGAUAUCCGCAGCACCGGAUGCUCUUUGCUGAAGCAGGCAUGUGUGGUUCUGGCCGGGGAACAGGGUGGGGCCACAGCCGUCUUCAAUUCGCUGCCUUGGGAGCGGCGUGAGGUCGUGAUGCUGCGGGGCAGCACCGAGUUAGCCCUCGUGAAAGUGCCCAGUGUCGGCAUGGCCUCUGUGACGGACUCCGAGCAGCCUGAGUGUCCUGUGUCAGUGACGGUCCAGCCUGAUGGCACCUACCUCAUGGAAAACGGCCUCCUGCGUGUGGCUGUGGACAAGGCUGGCCGCCUGACCUCACUGUGUCUGCUGAAGGUCUGCAGAGAAGCAAUUUCCGAUGGCUGCUAUGGAAACCAGUUCGUCAUAUUUGAUGAUAUCCCUUUGUACUGGGACGCGUGGGAUGUGAUGGACUACCAUUUGCAGACCCGGAAGCCGAUAGUGGAGCCUGCCAGGCCUGCAGUGAUUGUCAGCUCAGGGGGACUUCGUGGCAUUGUGUCGUUCACUCUGAAGAUCAGCGAGCAGAGCUCCAUAACCCAGGAGAUCAUUCUGGAUGCAAUGUGUCCCUACGUGAAGUUCAACACACAGGUGGACUGGGCAGAAUCCCACAAGUUCCUGAAAGUGGAGUUUCCGGUGCGAGUACGCAGCCCAAAUGCCGUCUAUGAGAUCCAGUUUGGCCACUUGCAGAGGCCGACCCACAGGAACACGUCCUGGGACUGGGCUCGCUUUGAGGUUUGGGGCCAUAAAUGGGCGGAUCUGUCGGAGCACGGCUUUGGGGUGGCAUUGCUGAAUGACUGUAAAUACGGCUACUCUGCUGACCGGAACACCCUCUCUCUGUCGCUGCUGCGUGCCCCGAAAGCCCCCGACGCAAACGCUGACAUGGGACAACAUCGCUUCAUGUAUGCAGUCAUGCCACACUCAGGUUCCUUCCAGGAUUCUUCGGUCAUCCAGUGUGCAUACAACCUUAACUACCCCCUUCGACUGGUGCCCGACUCGCCCAGACUCAGCUCCUGGAGCGCCUUCUCCGUCAGCUCGCCUGCAGUCAUCCUGGAGACCAUAAAACAGGCUGAAGACCAUGACAAGGCUCUUGUGGUUCGUCUGUAUGAGUCCUACGGGAGCAGUGUGAGAGUGACCCUCAGCUCCUCUCUGAAACUCAGGAAGGUCUCACACUGUGAUCUUCUGGAGCGUCCUGUGCCAUCAAAGCCCACCCCAAUCACGGCAUCAGGGAUCAGCCUGGAUUUCACCCCCUUUCAGAUUGUCUCUCUUCUGCUCUUCCUUGACUGAAGAGCCUCACAACAGAGAGGACCUCACUUUUCAACCAACAAGUGAACACCCUGGACGGCAUUUUGAUUUAUACAUAGCAAAUGUAGCAAUCGGAACAAUUCAUGGUGGAGGUGGUCUAUGGGAUAGGACUUUCUGCCUGUGAUCGGAAGUUCGCUGGUUUGAGUCCCGUGGUUGGCAGUGUGGUUUUACAGUUGGCCCACUGAACACGUCCCUUAAGCCCAACUUGCUCCAGGGAUUGAGUGACCCUGGUUUUUCAGUUUUACGUCACUUUGGAUAAAACUAUCUGCUAAAUGAAUUAAUUAACAUAACGAAAUAAAAGCCAGGUAAUGGAUGAAUGACUGCAUUAGUAAUGUAUUGCUUUUAAUGAAUCAAUAACGUAUUUGUUAAAAUACCAAACAUUGACAAAAAUAAUACAGUCAAUGUCCAAGUACAAA